GAUCCCACUCUGUCCUUUUUCGGACAUUUGAUCCAUGAUUCCAAUUCACGGUUCUGGGCUGGUUACAUAUCUUGUGAGUGUGCGUAAUCCACGAUAACGUAAACCUGGCUUGAACUAGCCUGAGCAAGGCGCAGCUGAACUACGUUAAUGGAAUGGCUUUAGCCUCAAGUGGAACUUGGCGUUAGUUUUAACCGGGCUUAAUCAAUUUAGCGCCUCUUUCGUUAGCGGCUUAGAUGGAAUACCCCUCAUGUCAUUUCUCCACCGCUCCAUUGUUCCGACCUCUUGGUAAUUUGAGGACUCUUUCGGCUGGACUCCUCCAGCUGCUCCACCGCCGGAGGAGUCCGCAAACGACCGAGAGGUAAGAACAAUGUAGCGUCGGCGAAAUCACAUGGACCCGAAGUGAACUGACGGCUCUCUACUGAAUGCCGCCGCCUGUGUUUGUUGUUGCUGGGACGUAGAGGUUAACCGGAAGUGGCUCUAUCACCACUUGUUGAAAGGGCUACAGCGCCACCUAGAGUAGGGGAUUCAGCCAUGCUCCGGCCAUUAUCCAAUCUCUUAAAGGUCAUGCACGUUCGGUUAAUUGACACGGUCCGUUCGGGUAGCAAAAUCGGUAUAAGGCUUAAUCCGAUCUAGCUGUCUCAUGUAAACGCAUUAACGAGUGUUAAUGUUGACUCCUCCAAGUGAAAUGGAAAAUAUAUGAUUCAGGCUUUAUCAUAAUGUUACAGUCUGCAAAAUCCAAGAACCUGUCUAGUCUUCAGCAUUCCAACAUUUUAAUGUUUAUAUGUUCUGCUGUACUUUCCAUUCUCUGCCUUAUUUUUAAUUCAAAAGGUAUUAUAUUACCUGUUCUUUGUUGGAGCAGAACAGUAUUGCAGUACUCCAAUAUCUUUUUUUUCCAACUCCCAUCUCUUGAAAGACAUCUGUGAGCCGGCUUCCAUGUUUAAUUUACACUGCGUGUGUGCGUGUGUGUGUGUGAGAGAGUGCUUGGUCACCAAAGGAGACUAGUGAUCAGGUUCCCUGUUGGUGUAACAGUAUCUGAAGCUCUCCACAACACACCUGUGCUCGUUGUCCCUCACCUGAGUAGAAAGAAAAGCGUGUGUUUGUGUGCAUGCAUUAUCUAUUCGAUUUUUAAACAUAAAGCUUUGCGUCGACAUGGUGAGCAAAGGGUUUUAAUCACGUAAUCGGGUCAUUUUGCCAACCGUACCCUUUCUACAGGAAGAUGUAUUUUUGUAAGUAUUCAAAUGCUGUGUUAAAUUGUGGAUCUUUUGUGCUGAAGACAACAAUUUAGAGAUAUCUCUGAGGUGUGUGGUUGCUUGCAUUUUAUUCCAGUAUAGUUGACUUGGUUUACUUAUAGGUUUGAUUUUGUGCAAAGAUUCCUUCCUUAUGGUCCAGCGAUGACGCAUACAGACAUGCAUACUCACAAGUGUAGCAUGUUGCACUUGUUCUUCUGGCCCAGAUUAUCUCUUUUCAAAUAGAACACCCAAGAAUUGAUCAAAACUGUGUGUGUGUGUGUGUGUGUGUGUGUGUGUGUGUGUGUGUGUGUGUGUGUGUGUGUGUGUGUGUGUGUGUGUGUGUGUGUGUGUGUGUGUGUGUGUCACACACACACUCUGCUGACCACAUAUGUUUCCUGUUGGCUAGCAGCCAACACACAGGCCCUCAUAACCUGGUCCAGAGUCAGCUGACUGAGUCACUUCCCAUUGGAGGUCAAUGAAUCCCUUUACCUACAGCUACACUCUGCUUCCUUCUCUAUUUGAACAAUCAUAGAUUACUGUUAAAUCCCUUGUUUGUCUUUUCCCCUCCUGUGCCUUAGGAGACUUUACGGCAGUUAAUAGUCAUGACGCUUCCAGAUGUCCUCUGUAUUGCCAAGGACCCGCUGUCAGCCAAGAGCAUGGAGGAGAUGAAGAGAAUGCUACUGCUUAUUCUGGGAUGUGCUGUCCAGUGCGAGCGCAAGGAGGAGAUGAUUGAGAAGAUAAAGCUGUUGGACAUCCAGACCCAGGCUGCUAUCGUCUCUCACAUCCAAGAGGUGACCCAUAACCAGCUGAAUGUUCUGGACUUGUCCUGGCUGGAAGAAGGGGCAGAGUUGACCCCGGAUGACCUCGAUCCUCUCUCCCGCAACAUGGCUGUUUCGCUACGGCAACUGAUUGAGCAACGGGAGAAGGCUAACGAGGUCAUUCUGGACCUGACUCAGGAGCGGGACUUCCUGAGUAGCCAGCAGCCCCGGGACGGGUACAGGUCUUUGGGUGUGCACAGCCCAGAACAGAGGCUUCACUCUGGUGGGCUGGUGGGGGCCAAUGGGGGCCCAGUGAUGUCGGGCCCCGAGCACACCAAAGAAGAGAAGCACCAUCUUUCAGUGGAGUUAGCCGACAACAAGGCUAAGCUGCGCAGAUUCAGGCAGGAGCUUGAGGAGAAGACGGAGCAGCUGAUGGACUCCAAACACGAGGCAGAGCGUCUGAACCAGGAGCUCCAGAGACUGAGACAGGAGAACCAGUCUCUGUCCACGGAGGCGCGCUUCGUGCGGGCGUACCAGGAUGAGAUGGACUCUAUGAAGGAGCGGGCGGCCCGCGUUGACCGGCUGGAGGCGGAGCUGACCCGCUGCAAGGAGAAACUCAACGACGUGCACUUCUACAAGAGCAGGGUGGAGGAGCUUCGUGGGGACAACCUGACUCUGAUGGAGACCAAGGUGUUGCUGGAGGACCAGCUGUCGGCCUCCAGGGGGCGAUGUGAAAAACUCCAUGCAGUAGAGAAGGACAACCUGCUGCUGCGGGCCAAGAUCCAUGACGUUGAAAUGGAGCGGGACAGUGAGCGGCGCCGGCUGGAGGAGCUGGUGGAGGAAAACAUGCUGUUGGAGAUCGGACAGAAACAGAGCAUGAAUGAGUCGGCCCAUCUGGGCUGGGAGCUGGAGCAACUGGCAAAGAACCACGACAACACUGAGACCCGUAAGUCUCUGAUACAUGAGCUGAACGAGGGGGUGUCUAGUCGGCUGCUGAAGCUAGAGAAGGAGAACCGUGAGCUGCAGGACUCCAUCGAGAAGCUCCGCGAGGAGAAGAACCAGCUGCAGGAGCAGCUGCUCUCAACCCAGGAGCUGGAGAGAGAGAAUCAGGGCCUGGGCAAAAAGCUGGAGAGUCUACAGGGCAUGGUGGACCAGGAGAGGCUGACCAAUCAGGAUAUGGAGUCCUUGGGGGAGGAGCUUCUGAAGGAGAAACAGACUCUGGAGAGAGAGCUUCAAGUCCUGAGGGCAGAGAAAGACAGACAGAUUUCCGAGCUGGAACGCGAGCGGCAGCACCUGUCCGAGGCGGUGACCUCACUGCGGGAGCGGGCACAGGCCAACAGUGAGGCAUGCGUCCGCGAGGUGGAGGCGGAGAAUCGGCAGCUGCAUCAGGCCUUGACCGACGUAGGCAGCCAAUUGGCCAGCCUGGAGAGCCAGCUGAAGUUGGCCAAUGAGGAGGCGGGCUGUCUGCAGGAGAAGGCCAGACGAUGCGAGGAAGUGGAGCGGGAGGCGGUGCGACUGGAGCAGUGCCGAGACGGGCUGAACAGAGAGCUGGCCUCCCUGCUCUCCUCCAAAGAGCGUGCCGAGGCCCUGGAGAAGGAGGUGGCCUCCCUGGAGCAGGAGUCCAGGCGGCUGAAGCGGGAGGCGGAGGAGGUGGCGAGGCUGGGGGCUCAGCGCACUGUCCGGCGCGAGGAGGAGAGCCGCCUUCUGGCCCAGGAGAACAGGGAGCUGCGACGCUCCUCGGAGGGCUUGCGCUCGGCAUCGGCGCGGCUGGCCGCGCUGCAGGAGGAGCACAGCCGCGUGCAGCAGGAGCAUGAGGAGCUGGCGGGGCGGCUGGAGGAGGCUCGCGAGGAGUCGCGAGUCGAGCGCCGACAAGCCGAGCAGACGGCGGCCGCGCUGUCGCAAGAGAAGCGUCGGCUGGAAGAGGAGCUGGAGCGCACCCAAGACGAGAAGGAGGAGGCGGAGAGGACGCGGCAGGAGGAGAGAGAGGCGAGGCGGCGUGAGGCCGGCGAGCUUCGGGAGGAGAGGAGAAGGAGGGAAGAGGCGGAGGAGGAGCGGAGGAGGAUCGUGACAGACCUAGAGCAGUCGGAGAAGGAGCGCAAGGGGAUGGAGAAGGAGACAUGGCGGCUCCGCAAUCAGCUGGAGGCCAAGGAGGCGGAGCUGGAGGAAAAGGAGGCGUGUCUGACCAAGGCCAGGAAGGAAAGCGGGGCGCAGGGGAAGGAGCUGGAGCGGCUGAAAGAAGCCUCGGUCAGGGUGAAGGAGCUGGAGAGGGACAGCAAGGAGCUCCAGAAGCAGGCCACUAUCGACCUGAGGACCCUGGCGACGCUCCGAGAGGAGCUGGUUUCUGAAAAGCUGAAUGGUCAGCAGCAGAACCUGGAGUUGGAGAGCCUGAACCAGGAGCUGGAGAAGGUUGGACUGAACCGGGAGAGACUUCUGCAGCAGGAACACAGCCUGGAGGACAGUAAGUACAGACUGUUGGAGUCCCGUCUGGAGGAAACUGUGCAGCAGACCAUGAAGCUCAAAGAGCAGAAGAUCUCCAGUUUGAAGCAGAAACUGCAGGAGAGCAACACACUCAACACCACCCUGCGGUCUGAGCUUACCUCUACUCGCCAGACGGUGUCGUCUCUUCGGCAAGAGAAAGAAGAGAACUGCAACCAGAACUUACUGCCGCGGACCGUAGGCCAAUCUCAGAUUCAGGUGUCGGCCACAGCCGAACUGCUGCGGGUGAAAGACCACCUUAUUGAUCUGGAGAAGAACAACUCCUCCUUGCAGACGGAGAGCAGCCUCCUGAAGGAGCAGCUGAAGCAGCUGGACAACCAGAACAGCUCCCUCAACAGUCAGAUGGCCGCCCAGCAGAGACACACCGUCUCACUGCAGGAGCAGAACACCAGUCUGCACACACAGACGGCCAGACUACAGGUGGAGAACUCCACGCUCUCCUCACAGAGCGCCUCCCUCAUGGCCCAGAAUGCAGUGCUUCAGGGGCAGGUGGUGGCCCUGGAGACAGAGGUGGAGUCGUGGCACCGUCAGCGCGACGAAGCGUGGCAGGGCCGUGAGAACGUGCUGAGUGACCACGAGCGUCUGCUCAACGUCCACGAGCGGCAGGCACACGAGUACGAGCAGCUCAUCAGCCAGCACGCCGCCCUGAAGGUCAAGCAGAGGGCACUGGAGGGCGAGCACAGGGCGCUGCACAACAAGUACUGUUCCUUACUGCAGCACAAAGAGAAUUGGGAGGCACAAGAGGGGCGUGGCCAGAAAGAGAAGGAAGAGCUAAACCAGGAGGUGGAAAAUAAUCGGCUCCUGCAGCAAGAGAGUCUGCAACUUAAGGCAGAAGUAGACCGAAUGACACAAAGCCAAUCCCAGCAUAAUGCGGAGAUUGAGGGGCUGCAGCACCGAAACAAUGAGCUGAAGAGCUUGCUAAGCUCCGCCAAAACAGAAACAAGCCUAUGUAUGAAGCAAUAUGAUUCGCUGAUGGAGCAGCACCGAGUUGUGGACCUAUCGAUGGUCAAGCUGGAUAACCAUUGUGAGCUGCUGAGUCGACUGAAGGGGAACCUGGAGGAGGAGAAUCACCACCUACUGAGCCAGAUCAGCCUGCUGAGCCAGCAGAACCACGCCCUGCUGGAGAGGAGCAUGGAGAGCAAGGAGCUGUACCACGCUGAGCAGAAGCUCUACAUUGAUAAGCUGAAUGCUCUGCGGCGCCACAAGGAGAAGCUGGAGGAGAAGAUUAUGGACCAGUACAAGUUCCACGACCCAACGCCUAAAAAGAGGAGCCACUGGUCGGGGGCCAAGGCGCUGGCUAAGCUCAUCAAACCACGGAAGGAGAGCGGCAGCAGGGACAAGGAUGAGGACUGGGAGAGGGCCAGGAGCGCCCCAGACAUCCCCCUGCCCUCGCCACCGCCCCUGCUCCUGCCCAACGACGACCACCCACCACCGCUCCCCCCGCGGAUGGGAAUUGACACGCCAGACAAUGGCAGCCAAGUCUUCAAUCAGCACAGCAGUCCCGUUCUCAUGUCGCCAGCACUCACACCGGGCGGCCGAGGUUUGAGUGACAGGGGACGAGGCUUGUACCGUAAUAGUACACCAGGGGGCAGCAAUGAGAAUGUAACUGAAGAAGAGGGACAAGGACAGCAAGCUCUCACUUGUACUCCCAGCCAACCGGCCCUGGGCCUGGGGGGUAACUCUAGCUCCAGGCUGGCACAAGGAGCUGGGUGCAGGCCCAGAGGUUUGGUUUUCAAUGAGGACUUGCAUCUCAAUUCCCCAGACUCCAUUUUGGGUCACCGUGGCCCCCUGAAUGGUCGUCCAGGAUCGAUUGACUUGAGCCACAACACCUCCGGCUCCAACUCCCCAGUCUACUAUAGGGAGACCUCAGAUCGCCAUUGUCGCUCUUCCAGCCUCUCUAGCGACGAUGUCGUGGCUCUGAGUAAAUCACAGCCCUCCCUGUCGCGUAGCUCCACCCUCCCUUAUGACCACACCCCUCAGAGAGCUCAGCCACAGCGGGGGACCUCCGGCCUCCGGGCAAAGCCUCCCCGCUCCUCCUCUCCAGGAAGUGAGAUGGUGUCCCUGGAACAGUUUCUACAAGAGAGCAACAUACAGUCCCCUCCGACGGUCUCCACCGGCAGCAAGGAAGAUUUGAUGGCCGACUAUUUCACCAGAAGUCCCGCCCUCUCGGCCCCGGCUGAGCGGGAACAGGCCCUUCCCACCCAUUAUGUCACACCCACCGUCCAGCCGGCCAAUCAGAGGCCAGGCCAGACCGUUAAGCCUUUUCCCCGCCUCCCUGUAGGUCAAACUCCCAGCCAAUCACCAAGCAGGGCCUACAGCCAAUCACCGAGCAGGGCCUACAGCCAAUCACCGAGCAGGGCCUACAGCCUGGCCUCGGCCGACCUGCUCCGUUCCAACGGAGCGGACGUCUACCGUGCAGACGACAGCCCCCUGGGCCAACCGGAGGUCCUGCUCAGAAGACCAGGGGGGCCGACCAACGGCAGCCAACGUCCACUUUCUGCAUGCGUCGCCGGUUCAGGCAGCUUACCGGGAGAGGGAGGGUGUCCGACGGCUCCUCUCCACCACUCAUCCUCUCUCAAUCUGCAAACGGAGAGGUACGCAGAAAGAGAGAGAGAGAGGGAGAGAGAAAGAGUUCCAACCUCCAUCUCUACCACUUCGCUCUCCUAUCACCAUCGAGGAGAGGUUGCCAUGGUGUCGCCGGUGAGGGCGGUCCAAGCACCACGCUCUGAUGACGAGCCCGAGCAGAGGGAGGGGCUGAGGGAGGGCCGGGCCGCUGACUCCUCCCGCAACGAUAAAGGCGGUGAGAUAGCACGGUGUGCUUCUGCCGAACGUCUCGAUAGCAAACCAGCCUCCCCGGACCCCAACAACGACCCCCAGACCGUUUGGUACGAGUACGGCUGUGUCUAAAUCCUGGACUCAACUUGGAUGGUGUGCUGAUCUUGUUGAGUUCUUGUCUUUAACUGGGGGGGUACCCUGCUACAACCCUACUGGCUUGGCUCUGUACGGGCUACUUAAACAACACCCUGCUACAACCCUACUGGCUGGCCUCUGUGUGGGCUACUUAAACAAUACCCUGCUACAACCCUACUGGCUGGGCUUUAUACGGGCUCUUUAAACAGCUUACCCCUGCAUACAGAAAACUGCACCUGGAUAUUGUCAUUGUACCGAACCGUACUGAAGAUUCAAUGAGCUCAUCAAAAUGCAUUAUUUUAUUAUAUAUCUGGAGUUCUUCAACAUUCAGCUAUUGUUGAACCUGGAGGUGUAAGGAUGAUUAUUUAUUGGCCCUUCCUUCAGACCCUCUGACCCUACAUGACUCAUUCCACAUGGCACAAUACGCCUACUGAAAUGCUGAAUGGCAUACCGGAGUCCGUUUUGGUAACGCCGACUUGAACUUCCAACUGGAUACUUGCUACUGACUUCUUGGGCUCGGUUGGCCAUCCACAACGAUCCACUGCUGGACUUCAUUCCCAGCUCACUCUCAUCUUUGGAGAGAGCAGAUACAAGGAAACCACCGUAGAGGAUGCGCUGGCUUGAUUGUUCUCAGUGCUUGAUGUAUCCUGACCUUACUUU